UCGGAUCCGGUAGUCCGGCAGAACAGCUCCCCGACUUCGCGAGGAGCAUAUUCAUGUCCCCGGAUAGCGGGUUCUGUUGACGCUGUUGCCCUGGCGGGUCCUGACGACCUCAGCGUCGAGGGCGGGGUGAUGUUGGCAUCGGUGCUGGGAUCCUUGGCAGCCCUGGCGUCGAUGGCCGUCACCUUGGCGCUGUGUUACCUCUUCUGGCGCAAGAGGUCCGCCGCCAAGGAAGCCAAGGAUGAGUUGGAACCUUUGCAAGUGGGGGCACCCACACCUAACCAAGGAACGCCCAACAAGGGUGCGCAGCAAGGGAACAAAAGUAACAACAAGAGCGUCGUUGAACUGACCAGACACAACGUCGAGGAUAGGCUUUACCAGGGUGCUGCUGCCGCUGCCUCGUCGCUAUCUCUGGACAGGGCGAGCAAAAAUAAAGUUGAUGGGAAAGCAAAGGAUAUCAAACCUGGUUCCAGCUCUUCCACUUCUAUGCUGCAAGCUCUUGUGGGUAAUGAUGAGGAUUAUGAUGAAGUGGACACUUCGGAACCGCUCGAGCCUGCAGGACAAAUCCAGUUUAGUCUCGAAUAUGAUUUUUAUGCCUCCACUCUUAUCCUGAGGAUUAUACAAGGAAGAGACUUGCCUGCCAAAGAUAUCAUAGGAACCAGUGACCCUUAUGUGAAGGUUACGCUUUUGCCAGACAAGAAAAGGAAGCUAGAAACCAAGGUCAAACACAGGACAUUGAAUCCCCGAUGGAAUGAAACUUUUUAUUUCGAAGGUUUUCCCUUACACAAGUUGCAGAAAUCUAUUCUUCAUUUGAAUGUGUAUGACUGGGACAGAUUUAGCCGAGACGACCCCAUUGGAGAUGUAUAUCUGCCCCUGGCACAAGUUGAUCUUACUCAGAAACCAACAUUUUGGAAAUCUCUUAAGCCUGCUGAAACAUGCAAGCUUGGCGAUCUGUUGGUGAGCUUGAUGUACGUGCCCCGAACCAGCGAAUUGACCAUCGGCUUCAUCAAGGCCAGGAAACUGAAAGCAAAAGACAUCACUGGAGCAUCCGAUCCUUAUGUUAAGGUCUGGCUCAUGCGUGGAGAUAAGAGGAUGGAGAAAAGGAAGACCGCCAUCCACAAAGCAACUCUCAACCCCGUCUUUAACGAGGCGUUCUCAUUCAUCGUAUCUUGGGAGCACAUACGAGAAACGACACUGGCAGUUACGGUCAUGGACUGGGACAAUGUGGGUCGGAACGAGGCCAUCGGCGGGUUGGUCAUGGGGUCCAAAUCGGGCCCUGCCGAGUCAAAGCACUGGGGCGAGAUGCUGAAUAAGCCAAGGACCGCCGUUGUCCAGUGGCAGAAACUGAAGCCUCUUUGAAGAAAUUCGAAGGGGCUCGCCACCAUCUAUCUCUGUCUGUGUCGCUGUCACUCUGUAAUCAAUGUGUCAUCCCCCAGAGCGCGGGAAAGAAACAACAUGCAACGACCGCCCCGGUGCUUUAUGGGAAAAAAACAUCGAACUGCGUCGCUUUUCUCGUGCAACGAACGACAGUCACUCUCUCUAUGUGUGUAACCCAAAAAGAAUAUGGAUUGUAAUCUGUCUGUGUGUCUCUUUCUUCAAACCCAAUACCCCUUUAUAGUCCCCUAAUUGUUGUUGAUGUCGUCUUUUCGCAACGCACAAGACGGGUCAGUUCGCGGCCGAGGAACGGCGCUUCCGCUUAUAUUACGGGGCCAAAAAGAAAAUAUUAAGUAUAAUAAUGAGAUAUAUCUAUCUGAUCGUUUUUGUUGUGUUCUUUUUAUGUUAUAUCCGCAUUCCCGCACCGCUCUGCUCUGUGCGCUCUUUGUUCUAUUACUUAAGUUACCUUUCAGCAGGGACUGUCGCAAUGCGCUGGGACAGUACCUUUCCCCAACCUGCGCACUGCCUAUCUAUGAACAACGAACGGGCUGUAAAUCCGAUUGUUUAGCGACAGGUAGUUAACCUGAUAAGGCCCGCAGGUUGCCUCUUUGCAAUGCUCUUUGCAUUUUUUUAAGCACUCCCGGUGCCAUGGCUUCAAGUCUGUUGUCUUCUCCUCUCAAUAUGAAUAUUAGUUGAAUAUGAAUGUCAGGACAAAGUGAAAUCCUUAAAAUAAUUAUUAGCCAUGCGCUACUUGUUGGCAUUUGAAUGUUUUGCUCAUGUCAGUUCAUACACGUUCAAUUGCUUAGCAAAUGAAAUUCAAUAGCAGAAAAUCAUUAAGUUACAGCAGUAUACAAAAUGUUUAAUAAGCAAUUUUAUAAAAAAAAAUCCAUCAGGAAUGUUUAAAUAGAAUGAAAUGAAAUGAUGCAUUUUAAGACAUAGUUGUAACAUCACGGUUAGAAAUAUUCUGUGUAAAAUAAAGCUGUUUUUUAAACGUUGAAUUCCCUUUUAUAAAAUAGAUUUGAAGAUUCAAUAAUCAUAUUUAAUGACAUAAUAUCUAGUUAUAAACAAAAUUGUCCUGAACAUUUUUGUUUUCUUUCUCUAAACUGUCAAAUUAUACAGCCAAACAAUGAAUUAUUUAUAUCUUAAAUUUAAUAUAAUAUCAAGUUCCCCUAAAAAUUAGAUUUCUGCAAUUUCAUUUGACAAUACAGCUUAUAAGUAUUAAUUUCUUUUAAAAAAUUGAGCGAGAAAUUAUAAUUCAAAAAUUUCAGUAAUUUCAGUUUGUAUAAACCGACUCAGAAUAAUGGAAAAUUGACGCUAAAUUUCUUGAGUUUAAGGAAAAAUAAAUAAUACUUAUACAGAUAUAGUUGGAUUGUAUUCCAUUUUAUAUUGAUUCACGUAAAAAACGAUAAACCAAUUUUCUACAUUUUUAAUAUCAUUCACAACUAGUCGCUGAUAUUUUUCAACUAAUUCAGACUCAUGAUUUACAUAAUUAAAAAUAUUACAAAAAUUUCAUCUUCACAUGCAAAACACUGCCAUAUAAGGACUGUAAUAUAAUCAUCUUAAACU